AUGGUAGACCAGGCCGAUGACGCAAUCCAAAAACUACUCGUUGAGUUGCGCAAUGAUACAAAGUCAUAUAAAAGUGAAGCAGAAUACAGGAACAUAUUAACUUCAAUUGAAAAACUCAAAAAUGUUCGAGGCGAUGAUUUUAGAAAAUAUUUAAAAGAGACAUAUGGUAGACUACCACCAUAUAAGAAUAUAUUCGAAUUAAUGCAAUUCUUAUCUCUAUUUAAUAUCGUUAAUGCACUUCCAAGAAUUGCAGAUCGUCAAAGCAUCAUUUUAUACGCUUCAAUGCAAGAACAAUGGGAUAGAAAAAUCAAAUACAUCUUCCCAGGAAAAGUUUUCUUUAUUUGUAUGAAAAAAAUGGAAGAAUUUCAUGAAUUUUGCAAAAAUAAAUAUUCAAGCGAAGAUGAAUUAAAGGAUUGCUUUAUGAAUGUAGUCAAUAUGAUGAAUACUUGCAAAAGAAAUGUCAAAGAAAUUGCAAAAUAUAUUGCAAAAUUCGAACAAGAAGUUGUAAGCUAUGUAACUCUCUUUGCAUUUGAUGGUUACACUGGAGCUAUUACAUAUAAAAAAGAUUCGAGAUCAAAAAAUAUUAUAAUGCAUAAAAUGAUGUUCGAUGGAGAGAAAUUAUCAAUAUAUGUAGUCAGUGGGAAAGAUAAACCAAUUCAAUGCUUACUUUUCAACAUCCAAUUGAAAGAAUAUUCUUCACCAAAUGAAUCUGAUUAUUUUGACCUUUUCGAUAAUUUCCACGAUAUCGAUAUAUACUGA